ACUUACAGGCAAGAUUGUGAACUAAUCUAUGAUUCAGUCGAAUAAAAUGAUCUAUCAGCCACCAAAAUACCAUACAAACUCAUUCACACACUUGCUUCAAUUACAUUCUUCUUUUAACGGAAAUAGCAACACAAUUUUGCAUUCAAAUCGCAUGAUUGGUGAGGAGUUGCAAAGUGACGAGCGUACAAAAUUGGAAAUUCAUGAUCACAGCAGCAACACCUCAAAUACAUCUCUUGACGUUGCAUCGAAUGAGAGCAUCGGUAAAUCAUUCACAAUUGCAGCCAUUCUUGGUUUAAAAAAGAAUUCUGUAAAUCCUUUACAAGCAUUACAAUCACGUGAGAUUGAAGAAAAUUCUUCGGUAAUAAAUGAUUACAAUUCGCCAGAUUUUCCAAAUAUAAUUAACCUAACAGCACAUGGUAAGCUGUUUCAAAAAUUUGAUAAUGACAAUCGACACAACUACAUUUUACAGCAGCAAUCAUCUGAAAAUUCUUCAACACAAAUGCCAUUAGAGCAAUGCAUUUAUGACAAUAAUAAUAUCACCUCUAAUUCGUCUUAUCAAGAGCACUUGCAUAAGCAGCAUGUUAAUUCAGAAUUUAAUGUUAAUUAUAAUCGAAAUAUCAACGAGAUGAGCUCACAAUCAAGUUCAACAAUACGAAAUCAUAUGAGUGCCAAUUUAUUAAACAAAGCUUUUGCACGAGACAGAAGUAGAGUGGAUCAUUUUGGCAACAAGAACAAGUCCUCAUCAAUUUCAUUGAAAAGUAAGCGUGUUCGAACGAUUUUCACACCUGAACAAUUAGAAAGAUUGGAAGCUGAGUUUGAGAGACAGCAGUAUAUGGUUGGACCUGAAAGGUUAUAUCUCGCACAUACUCUACAGUUAACAGAAGCACAAGUAAAAGUUUGGUUUCAAAACAGACGAAUUAAGAGUCGUAAACAGCACUUUGAGAUGACACAACAGCACCUAGCGAUUGCUCGUCAAAGACAACAACAAAUUACGAUGUCAACAAUACCACCGAAGGAAGAAUCAGCUCAAUCAGAUGACGAACAGAAUGUAAGUGAUGCCGACGAUUAAAAUAUAAAAUAUUUUUUUCAUUUUAAGCAUAAUUGAAUUCAGUAAUUUUUCCUUUUUUACGAAUCAUUUAACAUUAACAUUCAAAUUAAUCGAUAUUUCACUUAAUUUGCUUCUCCAUUGAUGAAUUAAUCCUGAGAAUGCUUUUCAUCAAAAUAGUU